UAUCGAGAUCUUCAACAAUGUCAACUUCAACACGUUCGUCUCACACGUGGCAUUGCACCUGAACUAGACAAUUAGUUUAUCCAACAAUGUGGCAACAUAUACAAUAUCUUCAAGGUCAUUGUUAAACAUGACAGGGAUAUGACGAGAUGGGGCUCUCAAGUAUUACAUCAACACUCCGACUUUUCGAUGAAGAAUUCGGGGUUCAAUCGCGAAUUGGGAAACUAAAUCCAUAAUACUAUUUGAUCUUCUCCACUGUUCACUCGUCAUUCGGUCUCAGCCUAGCAUUUUUCGUGGUCGUGAUGGUUUCUUGACGUCAACGACAUGUUGUAACACGCAAUUCCGUGUAUCAUGGCGACUCACGACUAUGCGGCAACCCGUUGGGAGGUGCGGACCGGUGCGGGUUCAAGAAGCUUGAUCUCCCCGUACAAGAACGGUCAAUAACUACGCUGUUGCAGCCAUAAUUUACCAAUUCUAAACCGUUGUGUAGCUCGUGUGUCUUCUCAAUCUAAUCUUAUUAGAGAGCCCCCUAUGUCAUCAGGUAUCAUAUCAGAUACGGCGCAGAAGGUGAAGAACAUGGUCGGCGGAGAGAAGGGCCGUAAGGUCGCAGACCUAGACGCCGUCUCCCAGACGGUGUCAUCCAAGGACAGAAUCACAACCGACUUCGGUGUAAAGAUGGGCAAUGUCGAUGAAUGGCUACGAGUUGCCAAUGAGGACAAGACUGGGCCCAUGUUGCUAGAAGAUUCACAUGCUAGGGAGAGAAUCCAUCGAUUUGAUCAUGAACGUAUCCCCGAACGAGUCGUACACGCACGAGGAGCCGGCGCAUUCGGCAAUUUCCGGCUAUUCGAGAGUGCCGAAGAUGUAACGACAGCAGGAGUUCUAACAGAUACAUCGCGCGAAACCCCUGUCUUCGUCCGAUUUUCCACGGUGCAAGGAUCUCGGGGUAGCGCCGAUACUGUUCGUGAUGUGCGUGGAUUCGCCGUCAAGUUCUAUACGCAAGAGGGCAACUGGGACAUUGUUGGAAAUAAUAUCCCGGUUUUCUUCAUUCAGGACUCGAUCAAGUUCCCUGAUAUUGUUCAUGCCGUAAAGCCCGAGCCUCACAAUGAGGUUCCGCAGGCGCAAUCGGCUCACAACAACUUCUGGGAUUUCGUAUACAUGCACACUGAGGCUACGCACAUGUACAUGUGGACGAUGUCCGAUCGAGCGAUCCCGCGAUCCUACCGCAUGAUGCAGGGUUUUGGCGUGAACACCUUCGUACUGGUGAAUAAGGAGGGCAAGCGUUAUUUUGUUAAGUUCCAUUUCACACCUGAGCUUGGUGUACACUCGCUAGUUUGGGACGAGGCAUUGAAAUUAGCAGGACAGGAUCCUGACUUCCACCGUAAAGAUCUAUGGGAAGCGAUUGAAAAUGGCGCUUUCCCGAAGUGGAAGUUCGGCAUUCAACUCAUUCCUGAAGGGAAAGAGAACGAGUUCGACUUUGAUGUUCUUGAUGCGACAAAACUCUGGCCUGAGGACCAGGUACCGGUUCGAUAUAUCGGCGAGCUCGAACUGAAUAGGAACGUUGAUGAGUAUUUCCCACAAACUGAACAGGUCGCAUUCUGUACUUCGCAUAUGGUUCCUGGUAUUACGCACUCCGAUGACCCCUUAUUGCAAGGACGCAGCUUUAGUUACUUCGACACGCAGUUGUCUCGUCUCGGAAUCAACUGGCAGGAGCUGCCAAUCAACAAGCCAGUCUGUCCUGUCAUGAACUUUAACCGUGAUGGCCAAGGCCGACAUGCGAUCACCAAGGGAACCGUCAACUACUGGCCUAAUAGGUUCGAGGCACGGCCGCCUGCAGCUGCGCAAGAGGGAUUUUAUACAGAGCCGCCCUUCAGCGUUCAGGGUAAUAAGUCCCGCACUAAGAGUACCAAAUUCAGAGAGCACUACAAUCAGGCUCAGCUAUUCUACAACAGUCUGUCAGAGCCGGAAAAGAACCACUUGGCGGCUGCAUUCUCAUUUGAAUUGGACCAUUGCGACGACCCAGUUGUAUAUGAACGUAUGUCCCAGCGAUUAGCAGAGAUUGAUCUAGGGCUUGCUCAACAAGUUGCCGAGUUGGUAGGAGGAUCCCAACCCCAGAGACAGGCGAGGCAGAACCACGGUAAUAAGGCAAGCAAGUUGAGCCAGACAGAGUUCCCAUCAGCCAAGCCGACGAUUGCUAGCCGGAGGAUUGCGAUUAUUAUUGCAGAUGGCUUCGACAACAAGACCUACGGCGCCGUAAAGGCAGCUGUGAAGGCCUCUAGCGCAUUGCCCUUCACCAUCGGUCCGCGCCGAUCGGAGGUAUUUCCCGCGGGCUCAUCGAAGACAUCUGGUAGUGGUGUCCAACCCGAUCACCACCUUGAGGGUAUGCGAUCCACCAUGUUCGACGCGAUAUUUAUUCCCGGUGGCGUGGAUUCAAUUAAGACACUGUCCAAGAACGGCCGCGCCGUCCACUGGCUCCGCGAAGCAUUCGGACAUCUGAAGGCAAUCGGCGGUACCGGUGAAGCAGUCGAAUUGUUCAAACUCGCAUUCGCUUUACCGGAGAUCCAAGUUUCGACGAACGAUCAGGCGGUCGAGUCGUAUGGUGUAGUUACGAUGAGCAAAGUCGCUCCCGAAGGCUUAAAGGAGAGUGUGGCUAUCGCGAAGGAGGGGGCUGGUUUUUUGGAAAAGUUCUGGUACCAGAUCUCGCAGCAUAAGAAUUUCGAUAGAGAGUUGGCUGGGCUUAAUACGCAAGUCGCGUAUUAGUAGGGAGGUUCGAGGAUAAAGCACGAAGGGUGACUUGGGAGAAUGUUGUACAUAUAUCGAGAUGUUAUCGGACUUAUUGUAUCUAUAUAAUGUUA